ACAAAAACAAAAACAAAAACAAAUCCCAGUGCUUUAUUUUUAUUAGUAAGAAAAAGAUAGAUAAUGGCAUCCAAAGGGAAGAAGCAAAUGAUUAAUGGCAGUGUUGUGCUGAGGAAAAAGACUACUUUGGACCUUGGUUCAUCAUGUGAUGUUGCACAUGAUGAAGCCUAUGAAAUUCUUGGGCACAAAGUGAUCCUCCAGUUAAUUAGUUCUUCUGCCCAUGGAGAUGAAGGAAAAGGGAAACUUGGGAAGCCUUCGCAUUUAGCAGUUGAGAACAAAUCAGGCGGCAAUAAAGACACAUGUUUCAAUGUCACGUUUGAGUGGGAUCAUGAAGGGCUUGGAGUUCCAGGAGCAUUCAUCAUCAAGAACUUGAAUCCAACUGAAUUCUUUCUCAAGUCACUCUCACUCACUCUUCCAAGUCAGGACAAUUUACACUUUGUUUGCAAUUCUUGGGUUUAUCCUGCUGACAAGUAUGAUUAUGACCGCAUUUUCUUUGUCAAUCAGGCUUUGCUGCCGACUGAAACUCCAGAAGCAUUGCGCUGGUACAGAGAGGCUGAGUUGCUUCAUUUGAGAGGAACUGGAACCGGAAAGCUUGAGGAAUGGGACAGGGUUUAUGACUAUGAUGUUUACAAUGAUUUUGGAGAUCCCGACAACAGUCCACUUCUUGCCCGACCAGUCCUUGGAGGAUCGACAGAGUAUCCUUAUCCAAGAAGGGGAAGGACCGGAAGGCCUCCAUCAAAGGCUGAUCCUAAGAGUGAAAGCCGUUUGCCACAGAUAGCAAGCUUUGCAAUUUAUUGCCCGAGGGAUGAAAAGUUUUCUCCCUUGAAGCUGAAAGAUGUCCUUAGUAAUGCGCAAAAAGCUAUGGCACAGCUCUUUUCUCCUCAGCUUGCUGCUCUCGGAGAUGUCACUCUUAAUGAGUUUAACAGCUUUGAAGAUGUUCUGAAAGCUUAUGAACCUGGAGCUCCUGGUUAUCACAAGUAUCCAAUACCGCAUGUUGUUAGAGGUAUGUAUAUUUUGAUGUUGGUGGCCCCUCUCUGUACCACUUAUUUUGUCAUUUAUUUAAUUUUUCCAAUCUUUGGAACAGGUGAUAAGUCGGCUUGGAUGUCUGACGAAGAAUUUGGAAGAGAAAUGCUUGCUGGAUCGAACCCUGUGUGCAUACGUGGCCUAAAGGAAUUCCCUCCGACAAGCAAGUUGGAUCCAAAAAUAUAUGGUGAUCAAACCAGCAAAAUAACCAGAGAACAAAUACAGUCUCAGCUAGGUGGAUUGACCAUUGAGAAAGCCAUGGAGACGAACCGUAUGUUCAUUCUGAAUUAUCAUGACAUUGUGAUGCCUUAUGCGAGGAAGCUUAACGUGACUCCUUCAAAGAUUUAUGCAACAAGGACUGUGCUCUUUCUGCAAAAUGACGGUACUUUGAAGCCACUGGCCAUUGAAUUAAGCCUGCCUCAUCCCGAUGGUGAUCAGUUUGGCGCAAUUAGCAAAGUGUUGACUCCAGCUGUUACUGGUGUUGAGUAUGGCUUGUGGCAAAUUGCAAAGGCGUUUGUUUCUGUUAACGAAUCUGGAAUACACCAGCUCAUCAGCCACUGGUUGCAUACUCAUGGAUCAGUUGAGCCUUUUGUGUUAGCAACCCAUAGGCAGCUUAGCGUGCUCCAUCCAAUCUAUAAACUUCUUCAUCCUCACUUCCGUGAUACAAUGCACAUCAAUGCCUUGGCUCGACAGGCUAUACUUCAUGGUGGAGGUAUUGUUGAGAGAACAGUUUUUCCUGGAGCACAUUGUAUGGAGUUGACCUCAAUCGCUUAUAAGGAUUGGGUUUUCCCCGAUCAAGCUCUCCCUGCUGAACUUGUUAAGAGGGGUGUGGCAGUUGAGGAUCCUGCAUCCGAACAUGGUGUACGCCUUCUAAUCGAGGACUAUCCUUAUGCUGUGGAUGGUCUUGAAAUUUGGUCAGCGAUCAAAAGUUGGGUACGGGAUUAUACCAGCUUAUAUUACAAAACUGAUGAUGUGAUUCUGCAAGACUCUGAACUCCAAGCAUGGUGGAAGGAGAUUCGCGAGGUAGGACAUGGUGACAAGAGUGGUGAGCCUUGGUGGCCUAAGAUGCAAACGCGUGAAGAACUGGUUCACUCGUUGACUAUCAUUAUCUGGAUGGCCUCUGCUCUUCAUGCAGCCAUUAACUUUGGUCAGUACCCUUAUGGAGGCUUUGCACCAAAUCGUCCUGGCAUGUGCCGAAGGCUAAUUCCAGACCCUGGUACCGCUGACUAUGAAGAGCUGAAGACGAAUCCUGUGAAGGGAUAUUUGAAGACAAUUAGUCCCCAGUUCCAGACUCUGAUUGGUAUAGCUGUCCUUGAGGUUUUGUCAAUACACUCAUCCGAUGAAUAUUUUCUUGGCCAGAGGGAGGCUGCUGCUGAAUGGACCAAGGAUAAAGAAGCACUAAAAGCUUUUGAAAAAUUUGGGAAGAAGCUGGCUCAAAUUGAGGAAAAGAUUACUAUGAUGAACAAUGACGAGAAACUGAAGAAUAGGACUGGGCCUGUGAAGAUGCCUUACACAUUGCUUUAUCCUACAAGUGAACCAGGACUUGUUACUGCCAAAGGAAUUCCAAAUAGUAUCUCUAUCUAAUGUUACUUCUUACCAUGUUCUAGACUUGGUGUGAUAAUUUAAAAAUUAUGAAAGGUCUGCUAUCUAAGUCGGUCUGUCAAGCUUUUGCUUCGUUUGAUAUUAUACCAGCUUCAUCUCUGGUGCUAUUAUAAUAAAAUGGGAUAUGAUCUCUUUUAUGGUUAA